AUGUCGGAUAAGGAAGUUCACGAGCUUUCUAUCCGCCCGAUUACUUGCUUCUGUUUCAACAAGGAUUGCAGUCGUAAGUCUUUACCGAUUCAUUAAUUUACUUCCGCUACGUACAGCUGAAGUUAGUUUUGCCUGCGUAAAAAUUACUCAUCCUAAUGUCUAAUCGCGGUGAAAGUUACCGAUAUGGAUUGUAGAGGGGUUGAUAACUCCUUGCCUGAAUGAAAAAUUCUGAUACUUUUGUUUUUGAUGCGGCAGAGCUGGCGUUUUCUCCAAAUGACAGUACCGUUCACAUUUGCAAGAGAGCUGGCAACACAUGGGAUAAAGGAGUUGUCCUGUCUGAGGUGCGGACGAUGAAUAGAAAAAUUAACCACAAUCAGAUGUGUCUGAUCUAGUUGCUUAAGUAUUGAAGUGCUCUGUUGAAUAAUUUUUUUUUUAACAAAUGAUCAUACCACUACAGCCCUAAGCAGUCGAUCAUUUCUAAUAGGUUUUACUGUUUGCCUACUUAAUUCUGAAUUAUUUUGUCGCUUUCUCUGCAAAUGAACCCCAUAAGUUUUUCUCAUUUUGAGCUUACUUUGAUUUUGUUUUUUGUUAGCAUGGCCAACGUGUGACAGGAAUGGCUUGGGCCCCAACCAGUAACAGGCUUGUCACCUGUGGAGCGGUGAGUUUUUGUGAUAAAAAGUGUCGUCGAGGGCCUUUCCACACUAUCGGACUAAACUAGAAUUGUCCUGACAAAAUCAAAGGACAAAUUUUGUCAUGGCAAAUUUUUGUCUCGUCUGUUGCAUCUGCAUUAAAAAUUUCAAAGCCAUCAAAUUUUGUCAAUGCCUGAUCUGUUCAUAAGACUGGCCAGCAUAGUUUGGCAAAGGAUUCCACCUCUAAUUUCCAGGAUUUAUCCAAAGUCGUUUUAAAAUUUUAGAAUCCCCAAGUUUUGCAAUGAAAGACAGUUUUUGCGCUCCUAGCAAACUGAUUUCAAUUCAAUUACAUGCUGGUUGUAGCUUUUACAACUAGUGAUUGACAAAUUUAUCACAAUUUUGUCCCUCUGUUUGCUAUGCAUUUAACCCUUUAACUCCCAAGAUCUCAUUAGUAAUUCUCCUUACUGUCUGCCAUACAGUUCUUGUGAUGUUAGUUUGGAUAAUUUCAUAUUGGAUCAACUUAUAAUCCCCUAACUGAUAUUUUUCUUCAUUCUCAUCUCAUGUCUGCCUGAUUUUGUAUUGCUAUUGUAAGGAGAAAUUCUAUCUUGGUCACUUACGGGAGUUAAAGGGUUAAAGAUUUGUCCACUUCUGCCAACAUUUGUCAUGUUGGGACAAACCAUUGGGCUAUGACAUUAGUUUGUGUUUGUGGCCAGGUGAUGUUUUGGACCCUCUUUUUGCAUCACCUUCAACAAAUAAUUUUCAAUCUUGCAUCAUAGAAUCAUUAUGAAUACUGUUGUCAUCUUUAGGACAGAAAUGCCUAUGUAUGGGACCUACAAGAUGGCCAGUGGAAACCUAUGCUUGUUAUUUUGCGUAUCAAUCGUGCUGCAACCUCUGUUUGCUGGUCUCCUAAAGGUAACUGUAAUUCUUCUCAUAAUACCACUUUUAGAAUUGCAGUGAGGGAUUAUGACAUUGGGUUUUGGACAUCCAAAUUGUUCAUGAGAUAUACUCGUGAGUAGGCUGACAUGUAUGGGGAAAGUGGUAGUAGUAGUAGUUUAGUCAAGUUAUAAAGUUUUCCAUACUGUCUGUUGAGUAGGAAUGAGCACACUAGAUAUAUUCAUAAGUAAUCUUGCAUAUACAGUGAAGGGGAGAAAAUGAAUCUGUCACACUUAAGUUGCAGAUUAGGCAAUUAAAUAUUUUAAGGAUCUGCAAACUAAGGCAAUUUUUUAUUCAAGUCCUGUGGAUUCUAAAAUAGAGUUUUUGUUGUCUGUAGAGGACAAGUUUGCUGUAGGAAGCAGUGCUCGUCUCAUUUCAGUGUGCUAUUUUGAAAAGGAGAACGACUGGUUAGUAAUAUGAUGCUGUCUGAUUUUCUUACUCUUAUUUAGGAACUGUUUGAUCUUGUUUAGUGCAAGGCACAUUGCAUUUUGGUAGUGCUUAUAUAUAGGUUAGUUAACAUUUAAUUCAAUCAAUUGAUUUCUUUGUUCUGUGUGCAUGUAGGUGGGUCAGCAAGCACAUCAAGAAGCCAAUCCGUUCCACUGUCUUGUGGUGAGCAUUAUUACUCAUUUUGCAGCUCCUAUUGUGGACAACCCUUUCUAUACUAUUCAGGCAAACAUCUAAUAAUAAUCUGUGGAGUGUUUCAUGAAACAUUCCCUUGUCAAAAUUUAAGCAAAUUUUUUACUGACUAGAGUUAUGGGGAAAUUGUAUGAGUGUUAAAAUGUAUAAAGAAAAAUUUUAUAUUAAAUAUAAUGUUAGAUUGGAAGUGUUAUUUUGAACUGAAAAAGGAGGUACUAUUAUGGCCCAGUAUGUGUAUGUUGUAAUAAGGUGUGAAAUAAUUCAAGAAAUUGAUAGAGCAAAGAAACAUAAUUUUUAACAUUAAAAUUAAUGCCUUUUGUGUCUGAUUAAAAUUUCUGCAGUCUUGAUUGGCAUCCAAACAACUUAUUGCUGGCUGCUGGUUCUUCUGACUUCAAGACAAGGUAGGCAGGAUCUUGAGAAGAUUGUUAAUCCUCCUCACUUUAAAAGAUUCAUGGUAGGACUGUGUGUUCGACAUUUACAAUUAUGGGUGUUUGGCAGUGUGUGUAUCAAUUCCUUCUGGUGGUUGUCUAUGUGCAUUUGUAGAAAGCCUAACUUCCCUAUCAUUUGCUCGCAUAGGGUGUUUUCUGCUUUUAUAAAGGAAGUAGAUGGAAAGACUAACACAGACACUAUCUGGGGAAAGAAAUCCAGUUUUGGAAGCUGUUUGUCUGAGUUUUCUAAUGGCAGAGGUAUGUACAUGUAACAGUCUUCAGCAGCGUGACUUUGGCCUGUAGUAAAGCAUUUAUGCCAGGUUGUUUUAUUGCUGGAGUAUGCUUGGGUAGAUUCUAAAGUUUGGUUGCCGUUCAUUAAUUUAUUUAGACUUAGCACAAAAUUUUUAAGUUUAAAGCUUUUCAAAUCCACAAAGAAGUGCUGCCUCUAAAUUACAGUUUGAGGUCCUAGUAUGGUUGCUAAAUUGCAUACUUGCUGAGGUAAGCUAACCAUGAUUGGAGGUUAAUCUGGUUAAUCUCCCCAUGCCAUGCCCUCUGACUUUAUAACUUUGAAUUUGCAAAGUGAAAGUUGGAAAAAAAUCUUUAAAAGAUCACAAGAACUAUUUCCAUUGAUUUGUCUCUAUCUUUAUUGCAGGUGGUUGGGUGCAUGGUGUCAGUUUCUCUGCCUCAGGAAACAAACUUGCCUGGGUUGGUCAUGAUUCUAGCAUCAGUGUGGUGAAUGCUGCUAAUGAAUCCAAAAUGGCAACUAUCAAAGGCGAUUUCUUGCCUUUCACAGCUUGUGUGUGGGUCACUGAAAACAGUAUUGUCACUGCUGGUAAUGUUUGCAAGAGAUACCUUGCCUUGUAUCAAAAUAGGGAACUUAAGUAGAAAGUGGAUGCAACUGUUAUUGGCAUACUCUGUCAUCAGCUUAUUAGUUCGAUAAUGAUAGCUUCAGCAUCAAAACUCUACGUAACCCUUUAACUCCCAUGAGUGACCAAGACAGAAUUUCUCCUUAUAAUAUCAAUACAAUAUUAAGCAGACAAGCAUUGAGAAUAAAGAACAGUAUCAAUUAGGUGAUUAUUAGUUGAUCCAGUAUACCAAAUUCUCUGAAGUAACAUUGCUAGAAUUUUAUAGCAGACAGUAAGGAGAAUUACUAAUGAGAUCUUGGGAGUGAAAGGGUUAAGACCCCAAGCCUUAGGGGGAAAGAACAAAGAACUCUGAACUUAUGGCUGCUGUAAACUUCUCCAGAAGGUCAAUACAUUAGCUCCCCAAAAAUAUUUUGUGGAAUAUGGUUUGAGUUGUUAAUCUCAUAAACCUAGAAGAUCAGCAAUUGCAUGAGCCACCACUGUUUUCUAUGAUGCUUUAUAGAAAAAAAAAUUGGGAAUUUGGUGCUCUAAUUGGAAGGAGGGCCACAUGUUGUCUAUCGAUGGAUGCUGGUAUUCCAGCAUUUUUGCUGCCUUAGAUGUGACCCAUCUGAUCAUGGCUUGUGAAAAAAUGGACUUCUUGCUGGGAAAGCAGCUAGUUUUAUUUUGUCACUAUCCCUCUGGGCACCAGUAGCAUGUAAAUGUAAUUUCAAAAAUUUGUACCAAAUUUCUCCAAGAUGUUGAAGUCUGUAUUUUCACUUAUCUAUCAUUUCUUAAUGCAUAUUAAGCAAUGUCAACAAACAUCUUUUAUUCUAGGGUAUGACUAUGUCCCAAUCUUGUUCAACCAUGGUGAUAAUGAUACUCUGAGUGGAGGCCAAAAGCUGGAUAUACCUAAGAAGAAGGAAUCCUCUGGAACUGUCAGUGCCAUGGCUAAGUUCCGCACCAUGGACAAACGAGCUCAGAGUGCUGAUGACAGUGAAUCUGGUACAGGAGUGCAUACCACCCAUCAAAAUGCCAUUAAGUAAGAAAUUCCAAUCAAUUUGUACUUUAUUAAAAUUAUUUUGGACAGAGUGUCAUAAAAGGAUAAUUUAGUAUUAUCAACUGAAUUGAUAAGGUAAAUUGGCCACUGUAAAGAGUUUCAAAGGUGAUAUUUCAAGCGCUAGCCUUUCAUUGAAUGAUUGACAAAGGGCGAACAUUCAAAAUGUCCGCUUUUAAACUCUUCACCGUGGUCAAUUGACGUUAUCAACUCAGUUGAUAAUACUAAUUUACCCUGUUAUACUCUCCCACUGAUGCAACACGUGUUUCUUUAGAAACUUUCCCCCUUUUGUCAUAUUAAGAAGUUACAUGGUAAUGGAAUAUUUUAGUUGUGUAUCCUACUGAUUAUUUUUGGAAAAAUAGUGUGGAUGAAGCAUAGUGAUGUACAUAGUAGAGCCAAACAAAUGUUACGUGAGAGGACGUAUGAAAGUUGUUAUGUUAAGAAUUAGAGGGAACUGGAUAUAUUCUAUAGUGCACUCGUACAGGUAAAACUUGAGCAAUUGUCUCAGUCAAGCAUGGAUUGGGUGACAGUAACCAAGCAAGUGUAAACAGUAGGAAACAAUUCUAUUUUAGUGCAUACUAUAGCUGAUACCACUCUAUUCACUAUCUCUAUCAGGCAUGGAUUUAGUGAGUACAAGUUUCGUGUAGGCAGAUUUGGCAUAUAUAUACCUCUCCAGUCCUCUUUGAAGCAAAGAGAGAAGGCACUAAUAUUUGUGCUUCUAUUAAAAGAUUAGUUUACUACAAUUUAGAAAGUUUUUACCUCCUUUUUUUGUUCCUUUUCUCAGUCAAGUGCAGAUCCACAGUGGAACUAAGGCAGGUGCCACCAAGUUUGCAUCAUCUGGUGUUGAUGGUCGUCUUGUCAUUUGGAACGUCAAGGUAACUGGUCAGCUACUCGUUACAUGCCAUGUUAUGUGUAUUAUUACCCUUACCGAUUUAUUUCCUGCCAUUCUUGCUAUUGGAAAUAGCUGAGGAUGCUCAGCUUUAAAAGAUCUUUAUAGAUAAAUUAAAUGAAACAUUUCGCAAGCUGCUCAUGGACAAAAGUAAGCCCUGUAGUACGUGUGCUUCACUACAGCACAGCCCUGAUAAUAAUUAUUAGUAAUAUUUAUUUAAAAUGGAAGGAGUGUUUGUAAAUUUCCAUUAUGAUUAACGGGU